AGGCUCGUCGUACAGUACAGUACAGUCGACGCGCCGUUGCCCACACUUCCCAGCGGUAGGAGCGGCAGUCAUUCACCAACCACACUCCUCGACCUCGUCCCGGAGUCCACGCCCACCAUCCCUGCCACUUACCCAAGUCCAAGCAAGCAAAAAACACACAUCCUCCGCCGUCCUCCUCCAACCACUCUGCUCCACGACCGCCCCCCGCAUCCCCCGCCAUGGCCUUCUCCUCCCCAAACUCCCUCUCCGCUUCCGCUUCCAGCACCGCCGCUUCCCCUUUCCACCUGCGCCUCCAACCCCAACAACCGCUUCUCCGCCUCCCCACCCUCCCCUUCCACCGCUCCCUCCCCGCUCUCCGCCUCACCCGGCCCCUCCUCCCUCCCCUCCCGCUCGCCUCCUCGGGCGGCGGCGGCAGCAGCAUCGGCGGCGGCGGUGACGACCUCCCAUCUGGCGGCGGCGGCGGCGGCGGAGGUGACAAGGACGAGGGCGGAAACGAGGAUGGCGACGACGACUCGUCGGUCAACAGGAGGGAGGCGCUGUUCGUGCUGGCGCAGCUCGGGCGGAAGCUCGAGAGCCUUCCGGCGGACAUGGCCGCGGCGGUGGAUGGCGGGCGCCUCCCCGGGGAGAUCGUGCGCCGGUUCGCCGACCUCGAGAAAUCGCCCAUGUUCCGCUGGCUGCUCCAGUUCGGCGGCUUCAGGGAGCGCCUGCUCGCCGACGACCUCUUCCUCGCCAAGGUUGCCAUGGAGUGCGGCGUCGGUAUCUUCACCAAGACUGCGGCGGAGUAUGAGCGAAGGAGGGAGAACUUUGUCAAAGAACUUGACUUUGUGAUUGCAGAUGUGGUCAUGGCAAUAGUUGCAGACUUCAUGCUUGUGUGGCUCCCUGCUCCAACUGUUUCUCUGCAGCCCGCACUAGCAGUGAAUGCUGGGUCUCUUGCUAAAUUCUUCCACAACUGCCCAGAUAAUGCAUUCCAGAUUGCUUUGGCUGGAAGAUCAUACACAUUUUUGCAGAGAUUUGGAGCUAUUAUGAGGAAUGGUGCAAAGCUUUUUGCAGUGGGAACGAGUGCAUCUCUGAUCGGCACAGGUGUGACCAAUGCAAUUAUAAAAGCAAGAAAUACUGUUAACAAGGAUGAUGCUGGUGAAGUUGAGGAUAUUCCAAUCGUUUCAACCAGUAUUGCCUACGGUGUAUACAUGGCAGUUUCUAGUAACCUCAGGUACCAGGUUCUGGCUGGAGUGAUCGAACAGCGGAUGCUAGAGCCAUUACUACACCGCCACAAACUGGCAUUGAGUGCACUGUGCUUUGCGGUCCGGACAGGGAACACAUUCUUGGGUUCUCUACUGUGGGUUGACUAUGCCAAGUGGAUAGGCAUACAAUAGGUUGAAAGUAGAACCAAUUAAAACUUAACACAAAUCAUUGGUGGUGUUGCUUCGUCCACUUCCACGGUUCUCCCGCCUUCACAGGAGCCACUUAGGACAUAUUUCGAUUGCUUUUGUUGAAAAAGAUGCCUGGAGAAAGAAAAGUAGUAAUUUGUCGAAUUCCCACAAACAAGUUAUUGGAUUCUUUUUUGGUGGCUUGUGCGUUUUGUGCUGUUGACCUUCGUAAGUUUCAGACAAUAAUUUUGCAGUCGUUUCACGAUUCGUGUA